AUGAUUGCAGACUUCCUCAGCGAACAUAAGACCAUCACCUUCCAGGGAUGCAUGGUCACAAAUCUUUUUCUUGCAUGUUUUCGGGGCAGUGAGAUGGUGCUUAUUGUUGCCAUGGCCUAUGACAGAUACAUUGCGAUUUGCAAACCUCUGCAUUACAUGACUAUCAUGAGCCGGAAGGUGUGUGCUAUUUCUGGUGGGGGUUUCUUGGGCCAUUGGCAUUUACACUCAUCCAGCCAUCUAGCAUUCACGGUUGACCUUCCUUUCUGUGGACCCAAACAAGUGGCCUGCUCUCACUUAUCUGUUUUCCUCCUUUUGCUCAUUUCUUACACUGUCAUCCUCGCCACUGUCCACCGCCAGUCCCCUGGUGGGACAUCCAAGGCCCUUUCCACUCUCUCUGCCCACAUCACUGUUGUGGUUUUGUUCUUUGGCCCAUUAAUCUUUAUCUAUAUUUGGCCCUUUGAAAGCUUCCCAAUUGACAAAUUUAUCUCUGUGUUUUUUACUGUCUUCACUCCCUUCCUUAACCCUAUGAUUUACACACUGAGGAAUAAAGAUGUAAAGGAAGCCAUGAAGAAGCUGAGGAAGCAGCAUGUGGGUUCCAAGGAAGUCUUUUAG